CGGCGACUAGUCCGGCAGUCAUGCUGUUGACUUGGGCCGGAGAACACGCUCGUCGCUUGCAAACCCACGGGGAUUUGAUUUGAUUAAGUUGUUAUCAGCCGUCGGUUGGAAACCGUUUCGCGUGGUUUUUUUUUUCGAGUGACAUGGUACAAAGUAACCAGCUAUAGUGUGCUAAAAAAAGUAGUUAAAUUUUUCGGUGGAAUAUAAUCAACAGCAGAAGUAAUUGGAUCGAAAAACGACACGUGCCCGUAAUUGCCGGUUCAGCGCGAAAAUAAGCUAAUUGAAGGGCCUUGGUUUAGGCGUGGUGCAGUACCAGUUCCGAGCCGGCAACGAAGUUUUUAUUCGGCGAGUAGCUGAUAUCAAAUUGGUUCAAAAUGAUGGCACGCAGCUUCAUGGACCUGCUGUGGGACUACGGCGUGUUCAUCGUGUUCAUCAUCUUUUCCACGCUGGUUCCGCUGUGGGGUCGGUUCUUCGGUAAGAAGGAGAAAACCAAAGCGGAUUACGUGUUUGGCGUGGGGACGAUCUCAAUGGGCGCCAUGAUGCUGUCGAUCGCGCGCGGAACGCUCGGAGUGCGGUCCUUUUUGGGCUACCCGAGCGAGCUAUUCUACCGGGGUGCGGCCAUGUGGGAGACGCUGUACGGCAUGGUGACGGCCUAUCCUAUCGUGUGCUUCGUGUUUAUUCCGGUGUACUUUAACCUUGGGGUUACCUCGGUGUAUCAGUAUUUGGAUUUGAGAUUUAACAGUCGCCUGGUGCGUUGCUUGGCAUCCGGAACGUACGUGAUCCGAUCGCUGCUCAACCUGGGCGUUACGGUGUACACACCGACCGUGGCUCUGAACACGGUGAUUGGAAUCCCGUACUGGGCAUCGUUGCUGGGCAUUUCGGUCAUCUCGAUCAUCUUCAACCUGCUGGGAGGCUUGAAGGCGGCCAUCACAGCAGACGUAAUUCAGGGCGUCACCAUGAUCUUGAUCUCGUUCGGAAUCAUUAUCCAGUCGAUGUUUAGUGUGGGAGGAUUCGACAAGAUCUUCACGACUCCGGCCGAGGAUGGUCGGUUGAACUUUUUCAACUUUACUGGAGACUUCACCGUUCGGGUGGACACGACCUCCGCCUGGCUUGGUCAGCUUUUCAUGUCGUUGAGCAUCUUUGGCUGCCAGCAGAACUUUGUCCAGCGCUACCUUAGCAUGAGCACGUUCAAGGAAGUUCGCCGUACGUUAAUGAGCAACAUUCCCGUCGUGAUUGGAUUGUUUUCACUCGCUUGGAUCGUCGGAAUGGGAGUGUACUCAGUGUACGCCCAAUGUGACCCGAUGGCCGCCGGAUACAUCAACAAAAUGGACGAGAUUCUGCCGUUUUUCGUUGAAGACAAAUUCUCCUAUCUCCCGGGAGUUCUGGGCCUGUUUAUGGCAUCGCUGUUCAACGGAGCACUCAGCUUGAACGUUUCCAACCUCAACUCGCUGGCCACGGUCACGUGGGAGGACUUCCUGUCGCAUCUGCCGCGAUUCAAGGGAAUCAGCGAUAAGCAGCAACUGAACAUUAUCAAGUUCAUCGGGUCGGUGUACGGGGUGAUGGUAAUGGGAGUGGGCUUCGCCGUUGGACUGCUGUCGGGCGUCAUCGAAAGCAGCAUGCUCAUGACAUCGGCUACCUCGGGUCCACUGCUUGGUGUUUUUCUGCUGGCAAUGCUGGUCCCCAUGGCAAACUGGAAGGGUGCCGCAACUGGGAUGAUUGUCUCUCACAUCAUCACGCUGUGGAUCACCUUUGGGAGUCUGACAAUCGAGAAGGAAGUUAUGCUUUUGCCAACAUCCGUUGAGAGUUGCACCAAUGAAACCUUCUCCGCCGGUAUCAUCAAACCCUCCAAGUCCUGGCUCCUAUCCAACACUCCCCUCGAAGUGGAGUCCGACUUUUCGUAUCUGGACAGUCCCUUUUCCGACCCCCACAACCAACAAUCCUCAUCCUCCUCCUUCCCGGACAGCCUCUACUCGGUGUCCUACAUGUACUACAGCCUCAUUGGUACCUUCAUCACCGUGAUCGUCGGAACGCUAGUCAGUUACGCCACCGCUCACCGGGACGACGCCUACGACCACAAGCUCCUACAUCCGGCCAUUUAUAGACUCAGUCGGCUUCUGCCCGGGAAGGCGCGCAGAUACGUCAACAAUCCGGACAUUCGUCCCAAGGUGCGGAUGGAGUCCAAGGUUCCACUCGACAAGCUGGAGCAGGACAACUUUGGCUUCGACGGGCAGUCCGAAGCGGUGGUGGUGGUAAGCGAGAAGAAGGUCUCACCCCUGGAGCCGGGGAUUUUCGUCGUCAGUUUGAGUGACAGUGAAAAGAGUUCCACCGUUGAGAAACAGAUCGAAACGUACCGGAAGCUGGACGAAGAUCUGAGGGAAGUGAGGACGUGAGCUUGGUAGCUAAUUUUAAAUUGUUCGUUUGUUAAGCUGGAAACUGUAGAACAUACAAGACUGUGAUACGAUGUAAGCAAUAUGAAACAAAUCCAGAUUUAUUGUUUGUUAGUUUUAUUAGAACAAUCAAGUAGUUACAGCCAGGGUCAACGUAGUAGAAAAUGUGUUUUUAUCUAGACUAAGCAUAAGAGUACAACUAAGAUACGCAAUAAAUCUCCAUCAUUAUUUAGUCA